GAUAGAUAGAAGAGGGCUUCUCAGAAAGAGAAGAGAGAGAAAAAGCUCCCACCUCUCUCCUGUUUCUCUACUGGUCGCAUUUAUGACCGUUGAAGCCAAGCCUCCGUCUGAGGAGGCGGACCAUUGCCUCAAACCGCCUGAUGGCUCGCCGGCGAGCUCGCCGACCCAGCCAACGAAGAAGUCCAAGUGCAUCGAAAGCAAUGGCAGCCCUGGCCAAGCGGAAAGGGACUUUCCCGUCGUCACCGCCAGAGAGCACCAACAGAGUAAAUCGAAAGGUGAAGCUGAGCAGCCCACAGAAAAGGGAGAGCAGAGCAUCCCAAUGAAUACGAGCCCACGGAGGGGAACGUAUAAAGACAGAAUGCUGGGUAACACCCCGCCGCCGGAAUUCUCGGACGGGGAAGAGCUAAUGUCCGAUGAAUCAGAAGGGGAAGAUGGAGAUGACGACCCAGAGUGCCCGACGAUUAGGGUUAAGAAAAGCACGAAUGCCAGAAUCAGGAAAAUUUGGCACAGAGCGAUUACCUUCAGAGUUUUGGGUACUGUGUUCCCCUUUGCCUUCCUCCAACGAAGGGUGAUGAAGAUGUGGGCCAAAACUGGAGGAAUCAAGAUCGGUGACAUCGGCAAUGGAUACUACCAAGCAAUCUUCGACUCUCAGUUGGAUCACGAUCGAGCCUUGUACGGAGGACCCUGGACGGUGGAAGACCAUUACAUCGUUGCGGAACCAUGGAGGCUCGACUUUGAUCCAGACUAUGACACAAUCGACAGAACCUCGGUUUGGGUAAGGCUUCCCAGAUUGCCUCUUGCUUAUUUUGAUGAGGAGAUCCUGUACAGCAUAGGUGAGAAACUAGGGAGAGUUGAAAAGAUUGACUAUAAUACAGCAAAUGGGUUCCGAGGGAACUAUGCUAGAAUCUGUGUGGAAAUCGAUCUUAGGAAGAAAUUGGUUUCGAAAUAUAGACUGAAGAGAAGAGUGAGAAGAGUUGAAUACGAAGGACUACACAUUGUCUGCUUUGAGUGUGGCCACUAUGGACACAAAGAAGAGAAAUGCCCAAUCCGCAUGGAGGGUACUGUUCUAUCACCAGAAGAGAAGUCCAAAGAUCAAAUGAUGCCCAGUCCAAACCUGGAAGUCAGACCAGAAAUCACUGAGGACUUCGGACCCUGGAUGUUGGCUACACGAGCCAGAAGAAGAAGACAACCAAUGAAAAAAACUGACAACAACUACAAGAAGGAAGAACAACAAAAGAAUGCAUCUGGAUCCCGUUAUACCGCAUUGGAGGAAGAAGAAGAAAGGAAUGAGGAAGGGGAGGUAGCAGAAGAAGAACAAGAACAGAAUGAUCAGAAUGAGACCGAGAAAGUAGACUAGAUGGAGGUGGAUGGAACAGAAGGUGGAAAUAUUGGGAAGGAAGAAAAGAAACAAGGGGGGAAGAAAAGCAGAGAUACUCCACAGAAAGAAGGAAAAGAGAUAAAGGAGAAAAAAAGGGAUGACAAACACAGCAAGGAAAUGAACAGGAAGGGGAACCAGAAGACCACCCCUGAGAACAACACCCAGAAAACAGGGGGUAGGACACAGAUUGUGAAGCCUCAGCAGGAGGCAGCCAUUCCAUCUAAAGAGACCAAGGCAGGGAAGAAAAAUGAAGAGGGACCACCUGU